AUGGGGCAAGCGUCCUCAUUUGUAUUUGAUGCUGUAGAAAAUGCUGUCCAUCGAUACGUAACGGAGAAGGCAGAAUUGAAAACUGAGGGAGUUCCCCAUGGAAAGGAGUGCGGAGCUGACCAGGGGCAGUUCCCCGAUUUUUCUACUUCACAAAAGGAGUACACUAAACUCUUACUAACUCUAAGCGAUGUACGCUCCAUAGCGCUGCUCUUACCAGAGUGUCUCUCUGGUAUAGAUCUUCAUCAUCUGUCGUUGUUGUUUGUCUUGGACGGUGACCGGGACGGAAUGUUCUCGCUGAGUGAUUUAAGAAAGUUUAUUAAUUGGGCCUUGUUGGCCAUUCCAGACGAAACGGCAUUGGAUGAUCUGACAGAGACAUUGAAGGGUCGAGCGGUUUUGCGUUGCUGGUAUACAUGUCAUUUGGAGUCUCAAAAUUACUGUGGAGAUGCAGCUGAGGCCGUUUGUUUGCACAAUUCUUCGGAUACCGAUGGCCAUGGCUCCCUAGAGUAUUUUGCACGAUGGGUAUUAAGGUUAUUAGGUAGAAUGGAAGGGAAUACCUUGUCUUCGUCAAGCACUCCUCCUGCUUCACCAACAGUAAGAAUUAUAAAUGAGUAUGCGAAGAUGGUUCACAUAGAAUCUUUUGUAUUUACUGAAGAACCCAUGUGUGAGGCUUUUAUUAGUCCUUCAAGAAGUGGAGACCAGCCUGGUGUGGGUGCUGGUAGUGGCAGCUACUUAUAUAGUGAUGUUUACCAAGACCCGCCUCUUCCGCCCCCAGAUUUUGAUUCAGCUAAUAUGCCAACUGCAUCACCACGUACGCCUCUGCUUUCUCCUCAAAACGAAGGUUGGAACAACAGUAAGAAACUUGCAAAUGCCGCGAAUUCACCUCGCCAGGUUAUUAGCAGGGGAGCCUUGGAAGAAUUAUAUCAGGCAUUACGCGUUGUAGAAAAUUGUGAAUUCUCCUUUUUGAGCUUUUCUCAGCUGCUUGCUACCCACAAUGCAGCAGAGCUUGAGCAUGUAGCCACAGCCAGAGGCGACGGUACGCAUGUCAGAGAAGUUGGGUUGGAAGCAUAUGUUAACCAAACUGCACAGCCUGUUGAUAGUACGUCCACAGAGGUAAAGUCUAUCUUCUCUUCUUGUGUCUCAGCUAAAGUUGUAGAGAACUUUAUGUUUUGCUUUUGUCGGGCGUAUUGGGGUACACUACGAAGUUUAGGGUUAAGGCCUU